ACUUUCUGCUCUUCCUCCAGCUUAAUGUUGCAGCGACAACACUUAUCUGCUAUAUCUCCCUUUUCCUCUUGGUUUUUUCUCCCAAAAUGGCGCUCCGCCCUAUCUUUACUGCCACGCACCCACGUGCAUGCUCUACGGCCUUUGAGCGGGUCUUCAUGGCCCGCCGCGAUAUCCUAGAGAGCGUUCACGAACCUUUUGGAGAUGCCUUCUACUAUGGUCCUGAGAUCCUCAGUGAUCGUUUCAGAAACGACACUGCCACUCGCGAACAGAGUGGUUUCUCGCAAAAGACCUACAAAGACGUCCUCAACGAGGUCAUGGAUGCGGGCAAAGAUGGCAAGCGAAUCUUCAUCAAGGACAUGGCCUACUACCUCAUGGCCCCAGACAACAAGCCUACCAAGGUUGCGCCGUCUCUGGGCGAGGAAGAGCCCGGCAACCCAACUGUUUUGCCACUAGAGGUCCUGAAGCAAUUCCAAUUCACCUUCCUCAUCCGCCACCCUCGCCGAGCUAUCCCCUCAUACUACCGUUGCACGGUGCCGCCUCUGGAUGAAGUCACUGGUUUUUAUGACUUCAUGCCCAAUGAGGCCGGUUAUAAGGAGCUCGUGCGUUUCUUUGAUUUCCUGAUCAAGGAGAACAUCGUCGAUAAGGACAACCUCGUUGUCAUCGACGCUGACGAUCUUCUCGAUAACCCCGAGAAGACCAUCCGUCUCUACUGCGAGAAGACGGGUAUUGACUUCAAGCCCGAGAUGCUCGAGUGGAACGACGAAGAUUGCAACUAUGCGACCAUUGCCUUCCAGAAAUGGAAUGGCUGGCACAACGAUGCUAUCAAGAGCUCGGCUCUGAGGCCCCGUACUCAUCACCAGAAGACGAUGACCACCGAGUCAGAAGAUAAGGAAUGGACCGCCAAGUAUGGUCCUGAGGCGCAAAAGGUUAUCCGCAAGACGGUCGAGGACAACGUCGCUGAUUACGAGUACCUGAAGCAGUUUGCGCUACCUAUCUAAAUUAAAUUAGCUAUGUGCUCGCUCUGCUUUUUCGGGGGUUGCUUUUUUUUUUCUUCGCUACGGUUUGGACCUGUUCUGGCGUUUCCGCCCUAUAUCAGAUUGGACUUUUGCACCUGGUGACGAACCGAGGUAAUGAAUGAUUUAUGAGUGUUUGGAUUUAGUUGAUGGUACAGCUAUUAUCGUACAGCGACUUUGGCACCACGCCACCUGAUGAAUAUAUACAUGCUCCUUCAUCUACAAAC